AGCAGACGGAGGAAGCCGUUGAUGACACAAAAUGACAGGAAUAAAGUGAAUGAGCGUCAUUUUCUCCACAGUCAGGAGAGGGUUUAGGGGCCAAAACGCGUUAUCUGGCAUCAUUUGGGGCUGCUAAUCCGCAUGUGCGAAAUAAAUCCAAUCUGACAGCGCCUUUGCAUCAUGAGACUGGAUUGUUAAUAUACAUAGAGAGACAGAGCUAAGCUUCAACAGGGAGGAGGAGAGAGAGGGAGGGUGUGUACGAGGCGAGAGAGAGAGAGAGAGAGAGAGAGAGAGCAUCGAGUCACCAGGAUAGGCUCCACCAUCCACAGACUGUGAGGUACAAGUGCCACAAGGAGACUAUAUUCCUCUAAAAUAAUGGAUGGGACAAAGCCGGCCAUGGAGUCCACUGCGGAGGAGACUCAGGACGAGGGACAAGAGAGCAAAGGAUGCUUCGAGUGCUGCAUCAAGUGUCUGGGCGGGGUGCCCUACGCCUCGCUGGUGGCCACCAUCCUCUGCUUCUCAGGCGUGGCUCUGUUCUGCGGCUGCGGCCACGUGGCGCUGACCGGCACCCUGACCAUGCUGGACAACCACUUCUCCAGGGUCACCACGGACCACGCCACCCUCGCCAUGGUGAUCCAGAUCUUUCAGUACAUCAUCUACGGCAUCGCCUCCUUCUUCUUCGUCUACGCCAUCAUCCUGCUGGCUGAGGGCUUUUACACCACCAGCGCCAUCAAGAAGGAGCUGCAGAGCGACUUCAAGACCACCGUCUGUGGACGCUGCAUCACCGCCUUCUUCAUGUUCCUGACCUACAUCCUCGCUCUGGCCUUCCUCGCCAUCUUCGGCUUCACGGCGAUACCUGUUUUCCUCUUCUUCAACAUGUGGAACACCUGCGCUGCCAUGAAGUCUCCUGACGCCAACAUCACCUCGCCGGACUCCAUCUGUGUGGACGUCAGACAGUACGGUGUCAUUCCCUGGAACGCCACUCCGGGAAAAGCUUGUGGAGCCACACUGGGAGACAUCUGCAACACCAGCGAGUUCUACCUGUCCUACCACCUCUACAUCGUCGCGUUCGCCGGCGCCGGCGCCACCGUCAUCGCACUGAUCCACUACCUGAUGAUUUUGGGGGCCAAUUGGGCCUACCUGAAGAGCGCCGUCUCCACGCACGAGUACCAGGACAUCAAGACCAAGGACGACCAGGAUCUGGAGGCCGAGGCGCGCUCCAAGGAGGGCCAGAACUCGUCCUCCUACUCAUAAGGACAAGCGCUCCUCUCCCGCCGCCACACCUCAACCCCCCACCCUCCCAUUUCACCCUGCAACACCCAGCGCCCCACAUCCCCCCUUCUCUCCGUUGAAAAACAAACCACCUCGGUCAUGUUUGAUAGUCCCCCCCCAACCUCCUGAUCCUCCAUCCUCUUCCCUUCCAUGAGGAGUCGUGGGCUCACACCAGGAAGGAAGAGAAUAGACGAUCGGGAGAAGCGGCAGGCCCGGUCGGAGGCAGGUGCUUCAGAGCGGGAGAGCUCGCCCCGCCGGGUUCGAGCUCGGGUUGCGGUGCACCGGUUCGGUGCUUUAAUUUGGGGGCGGGCGGCUCGUGAACGUGGCCCGGCUGUGAUGGCCUCGCGCCCUGAGCCAGCACAGCCUCUCAACACAACAGCUCCUAAAAAAAAAAAGAAAAAAAAAACAUUGUUCACUGUUCUGCUUCAGCCACAGAGGAAGCCAGGCAGCAACCAACUUCCUCCGGGUUUUUUUUUUUGGUGUUUUAUAUGCAUAUAUAUAUGAAUAUGAAUAUAUUGUGCGAAUGUGUACGAAUGUUGUUGUUUUUUUAAUACUCUCUGAAAAGUAUGCCAGGUACUAUUACGAUCUUUAUGUUUUGGCGCUCAUUGGUUGUUUUCUUUCCUCCUUCUUCUCCAUUUUGGACUUUUUAUCGCUAACACUCGAUACGUUAUUGCACUAUUACCAAACAAAAGAAUAAGGGAGAAUCCCUCAAACACACAGAGCCCCGCUCUCAUAGAAACAUAUAAAAGACUCACAUCAAGUGGUAUCUCAAGGAUUAUGAGCAUUUACAUGAUCCGAGUUUAUUUAUCUGCUAAGCUAUCAACCGUUUAUUUGAGACCAGAGGUGUAGCAAACUUUUAUUAAAGGGAUGUUUUUGGGAAAUAUGCUUCUUUUGCUUUCUUGUCAAGGGUCAGAGGAGGCGAACAGAGAGCUGUGUGAUGUAACUCUUGGCAAGAAAGUGACUAAGUGUGUUCAGACCUUUAUGGGUUUUGCUACACUCAUCACCAGCGGCAGCAGAAAAUCAAAGAUAAAUCUAUUCCGGGUCUUUUAACACACACCUCAGGUAUCAAACCAAAUCUGAUUUUAGCCAGUUGUGUUCUUUUCUAAAGCUUCAACCGUCUAAACACGACCCCCCUCGUCGGAUUUGAUACGCUGUCCCGCGUGAAUUACACAGUAAAAAGCCGGUUCUAUCAUUUUCUAAACUUCCUCCUUUUGUGAAUGAAGUUCACCUGUAAAUAUCUGAACCACCCUGAAAAGAUCUGGAUUCACACCUCCUCUUAAAACACGUGGAGAGCACGAUCAGUGCUCUCCACGCUCUUCUGUUCUUUCUUUUUGUUUUUCCUACAGAUAUAUGUAAAUGUACCUUUUUGAGAUAUGUGUUUAGCACUCAAAUACUAGUUCUGCAUUUGGUAUAAUAAUUGUAAUGUAACAUCUUAAAUGAUAUGUCGUGAGAGGGAUACAGUGCAGUUAUGAUAUGAUACGAUGGGUUGAGGUGCUUGUGACGUAUACAUUUAAAAAUGUGAUUUUAAAAAAUGGAUUUUUAAUGUUUUAUCAGUUUUAGGCAGCUGAGUUCUUCUUGUGAUUCAGUAAUUAUGAUUUUAUGGAACUCGUUUGUGCUUAUUUUUUUUUCGGUGGCCGGCCAAAUGACUGACUCAACAUGUGAGUUGAGAGAAAAAGUCACUUUUCUUUUUCUUUUUAUUUAUCUUUGACGUCAUGCCUCUCAUAUGAGCCACAGAGACUGUUUUGGAUGUUUACACUCUGAAUAAAACAAGUCAGGAAUUUUCAUACGUUGAUUUUAUAAUCAGAUAUUGUUUAAUAAUCAUGAACUAUAUUCUAUAUUGAUCAUCACUAGUUUACCCUAAAAAAAUAAAUCAAUAAAAAAAAAAAAAAAAAAACACUGAACAAGACAAAUAUUUGAACUUUGAUGAGAUGAAGCAUGUCAGUACCGUCCAUGUGUGCAGCUGUCUAUUCUGUAUAAAAAAGGACUAUAUUGCCAUGUGUGUUAUGUUUGAUAUACGUGCUUUGCCACCAGGUUGAUGUAAAGGCAAAACUUCAAUUUCCUAUAAGACGAUGCGUGUCAGGGUGUUGUUGUUUCCUCGUUAUUUGCAUGAAGGAGACAUGACUGUCUUUGCAGUUUUUCAGGUGAUGUGUAGUCAAUCGUACUGACAACUAUGGUAGGCGGUGUUUGCCCCCCCUCUCCCUCUCCCUCUCCACCCGCCCUUUUCUAAAGAAAACUUCAUUGUACUUUGAUGGCAUUGUAGUCCCUGUAGGUGUUUCAUUAUGGUUUUAUUUUUUAAGUUGGAAAUAGUUCUAUGACUCCUAUAUAGUGAUGAUUUUUGUAACCUUCUCUAGUAAAACCGAUAUUUUUUAUUAUCGUGA